AAUAGUGAUUCAAAAUGGAGUAACCAGCAAAAUCAUCAAGGUUGCUUGCUAAUUAGCUAGGGCAUUAUAUUCCUAUCUCUAAAGUUAAAUUCAACGUAUUACUAGCUAAUGUAAUCCUUUCAUCAGUAUGGUUGAUAAGAAGAAACCAGACUCUUUCCAUUACUUCAUGAGUUACGAUGAUCUGAGUGACAGUAGCGAUAGUAACAGCAGCGAUUCUGAUGAACAGGGCCAGAAGAAAUCGAGAGGAAAGGGGGAGGACGAUGCUACUGGAAGCCACAACAAAUCUCCCCAACACGGGACCAAGCGGGCGGUUAGUGGAGCUCCUCUACCCAAACCUGACGAGCUCUUCAAGUCGGUUGCCAAGCCAUCCUUCCUGUACAACCCAUUGAAUAAACAGAUAGAUUGGGAGAGCCGCGCCGUGAAAGCUCCCGAAGAGCCUGCCAAGGAGUUCAAGAUGUGGAAGACAAAUGCGGUGCCCCCUCCUCAGAGUUACGCCACAGAAACGGAGAAGCCCAAGAAGGGAGCUCCCCCAGGUAUGGACAUGGCCAUAAAGUGGUCCAACAUCUACGAGGAUAACGGAGAAGACGCUCCACAGCCUCACAUGGGCAACGCUGUCUUCCUGCCCACAGAGGAACAGCCAUCAGAUUCAGACGAGGACGGAGACAAGGCAUCCGUGUCAGCAAAAAAGAGGAGGGUAGAGAGCUUCCAACAGAAGGAGAAGAGGAAGCGGGAUCUGGGCCAGGCCACAUCUGACAAGAGUUUCGUAGAGGAAGAGAAGAGGAUUCUCAGGCAGAACGCGGACUGAGGCCUAGAUCUGGUUGAAACCUGGGCUUUGAUUUGGGUUUUGAUCCAAAGUCUGGGUGCACUAACCCUCAGGGACUGUCCUACAGCUUUCCCCCUCAGACACCCUCACACUACUCUUCUCCCGUGUCCAGCCCCUGUUUAUGUGAAUGGUCCAGUGCUCGUCUACCCAGUACACAUGAUAUAGAUGUUAUUGUUAUUGAAACAUUUGAACUGUUAUUUGUAAUCCCUUGGUAUAUCUUUGACGCGCAUAUUAUCCAGACACUAGUGGAAAACGCAUUUAUUCCUGAGUUUGUGUGUCUGUAGGUAUUGUCCAAUGUUUUCGUUGUAAAUAGACAACUACCUGACCUACAUAUUAUUGGCUUGAUUUGGAUGAAUAUCUUUGAACUGCUUUGGGGGAAAUCAAAAAUGGGUUCAUUUGGAUAAUUUUGAAUAGCAAGAAAUGUACGGUAAAGACAUUGCAUUAUUAGUGUGUCUGUUGGCGAGAACAUUGAUUGCGGUCAAGAAAGACUGCAGUUGAUAGACUGAUUGAAACCAAGUGGAUAACUUUUCAUUUACAUAAAAUAUCCACCCGAUGGCGCCAUUGGGCCACAUUUGGUACACAACCUUUUCACUGGAGGGAAAGGCUCAUUUGCAGUAGUAGUAACUUAUGUUGCCGUGUCUUUUACUGCGUCUGUACAAUAUGUAUACAGUUAACCACACACUGACAGUUUAAUGUCAGUUUUUUAGUACAUUCCCUUGUCACACACAACUGAUGCAAUAAAGGGAAUGUUAAUGACUUGUUGAUUAGCUUUCAUUCUUUAGCUUGACCAAAGAAGUCUACUGUACAUUGACGCGAACGCUAAAUGGUCAAUCAAGCAUAAGUGUAAUGAACAAAGCAAAAUGUUGAGUGAGACACCAGGGGGGAGCAAGGUGACGUUCAAGGUGCCAUAUUGUGAAACGAGUGUGAAAAGAGUCACUUGGAACAUUUUACCACAUGCUGUACUGGCAGUGUACUUCAGAUAAGUAAAGGAUGUUUCACGUGGCUGGAAACACCUGUGAAAUGAUUCCGUCUGUUAAACAUUACUUAAACUCUUGUUCUGUUUU